CUCCCCGACCCCAUCCCCACUCCGGCCGGGAAUUCCAGGCCCUUGUCUGACCGCGAGCUCCGGGCGGGAAGCACCCUGCCGGCGCCUGGGGCGAGUCAGCAGGUUUCAAGAUGCUGCAAGUACAGAGGACCACCCUGGGUGGGCUGAGGCCCAGCCUCUCCAGAGGCCUCCACCACAAAGCUGUGAUGGCCCUCAGGCGAGAAGACGUCAACGCUUGGGAGAGAAGGGCGCCGCUGGCCCCCAAGCACAUCAAGGGGAUCACCAACCUGGGGUACAAGGUCUUGAUCCAGCCUUCUAACCGGCGGGCCAUUCAUGAUAAGGAGUAUGUCAAAGCUGGUGGCAUCCUCCAGGAGGACAUAUCUGAAGCUUGUCUAAUUCUGGGAGUUAAAAGGCCUCCAGAGGAAAAAUUAAUGUCCAAGAAGACCUAUGCAUUCUUCUCGCACACAAUCAAAGCGCAGGAGGCCAACAUGCAGCUGCUGGAUGAGGUUCUGAGACAGGAAAUCCGACUUAUUGAUUAUGAGAAAAUGGUGGAUCAUAGAGGAUCACGGGUAGUGGCAUUUGGACAGUGGGCAGGUGUGGCAGGGAUGAUCAACAUUUUACAUGGAAUGGGUUUAAGGCUCCUCGCUUUGGGACAUCAUACACCUUUCAUGCACCUGGGAAUGGCGCAUAACUAUAGGAACAGCAGCCAGGCCAUCCAAGCGGUCCGUGAUGCCGGCUAUGAAAUAUCUCUGGGGCUAAUGCCCAAGUCGAUAGGGCCCUUAACAUUUGUGUUCACAGGGACUGGUAAUGUAUCGAAGGGAGCCCAAGAAGUCUUUAACCAACUGCCCUGUGAAUAUGUGGAGCCCCAUGAAUUAAAAGAAGUUUCCCAAACUGGAGACCUUAGAAAAGUGUAUGGGACAGUGUUAAGUCGCCACCAUCAUCUCGUCAGGAAAACGGAUGGCGUGUUUGAUCCUGUGGAGUACGACAAGUAUCCAGAGCGCUACACCAGUCGCUUUAAUUCUGAUAUUGCACCUUAUACAACCUGUUUAAUUAAUGGUAUCUACUGGGAACAAAACACCCCUCGCCUGCUAACCCGCCACGAUGCGCAAAGUCUGCUGGCUCCAGUCAAGUCCUCAGUUGCUGCUAUUGAAGGCUGUCCUGAGCUACCGCACAAACUGGUGGCAAUCUGUGACAUUUCAGCUGACACAGGAGGGUCUAUAGACUUUAUGACUGAGUGCACUACAAUAGAGCAUCCUUUUUGUAUGUAUGAUGCAGACCAGCAUAUUAUUCAUGACAGUGUUGAAGGCUCUGGGAUUCUGAUGUGUUCCAUUGACAAUUUGCCAGCACAGCUUCCAAUUGAAGCUACAGAAUACUUUGGAGAUAUGCUGUAUCCUUAUGUCGAGGAAAUGUUAUUAUCAGAUGCAUCCCAGCCUCUCGAAAGUCAGAAUUUUUCUCCUGUGGUGCGAGAUGCAGUGAUUACAUCCAAUGGUUUAUUGACUGAUAAAUAUAAAUAUAUCCAGAAACUCCGAGAAAGCAGAGAACGCAUUCAGCAACUUUCAAUGAAUAUGAAGAAGAAGGUCUUGGUUCUUGGCUCUGGCUACGUAUCUGGGCCUGUAUUAGAAUACUUGUCAAGAGACAACAAUAUAGAAAUAACAUUAGGCUCUGACAUGAUGAGUCAAAUUAAGCAUUUGAGCAAGAAAUACAAUAUUAAUCCUGUUAGCAUGGACAUUGCUAAACAAGAAGAAAAGCUGAGCUCCUUGGUCGCAAGCCAGGAUCUGGUCAUCAGCCUGUUGCCAUACGUGCUCCAUCCUAUUGUGGCCAAGGUGUGCAUCGCUAACAAAGUUAACAUGGUCACAGCGAGUUACAUCACACCAGCACUAAAAGAGCUGGAACAGAGUGUGAAAGAGGCCGGCAUCACGGUCAUCGGCGAGCUGGGAUUGGACCCUGGCCUUGAUCAUAUGUUGGCAAUGGAUACAAUUGAUAAGGCCAAACAAGUGGGAGCCACGAUUGAGUCUUAUGUUUCCUACUGUGGUGGGCUUCCAGCUCCUGAACAUUCAGACAAUCCUUUGAGGUACAAAUUUAGCUGGAGUCCCAUGGGAGUUUUGCUGAACAUAAUACAGCCUGCCACCUACCUGCUCAACGGAAAGAUUGUGAAUGUUGAAGGCGGAGUCUCCUUUCUGGAUGCCGUCACCUCCAUGGAUUACUUCCCGGGACUGAAUCUGGAAGGCUAUCCCAACAGAGACAGCACCAGGUAUGCCGAGAUUUACGGCAUUCCAUCUGCUCACACUGUGUUGCGGGGGACAUUGAGAUACAAGGGAUAUUUCAACAUACACAAAUCAAAACAGCUGCUGUGUGACCUAGUUGGGAUUUCACGCUCCUCUACUUAUGAUGUGCUGAAGGAAGCUGUCCUUAGGAGGCUGGGUGGGGACAGCACCCAGCUGGAAGCUGCUGAGGGGUUGGGCUUGCUUGGAGAUGAACGGGUCCCACCAGCGGAGUCUGUCAUGGAUGCUCUUUCCAAGCACCUGGCCUUGAAGCUCUCCUAUGGCCCUAAGGAAAAAGACAUGAUUGUGAUGAGAGACAGCUUUGGUAUCAGACAUCCUUCUGGACAUUUAGAAAAUAAGACCAUCGAUCUUGUGGUUUAUGGGGACUUCAAUGGCUUUUCAGCAAUGGCAAAAACUGUGGGGCUGCCCACAGCCAUGGCAGCCAAAAUGUUGCUUGACGGUGAAAUUGAAGCCAAAGGCCUGAUUGGCCCUUUUUCCAAAGAGAUCUAUGGUCCAAUAUUGGAGAGAAUUAAAGAAGAAGGCAUUCUGUUUACUACACAGAGCACAAUUAAAUUAUAAUUGGGAAUUCA